AUGGCAUUUCUCAUGAACCAAAUGCUGGGCGGUAAGUUGAAGAGUUUUGCUGAUGGAGGUGGCGAAGGGGGCAGCAAAGCUGGAGCAGAUGAAAAAGAGACUCCCGAGUCCAAAGGCAUGUCCAGGGAGGAGUUUGAGGAAUACCAGAAGCAGCUGGUGGAAGAAAAGAUUCAACGAGACAAAGACUUUACAACAAAAAAGGCUGAGAGGGCAAACCUGAGAGUCGCACUCAGAGAUAAAUACCGACUACCAGAUAGCGCUCUCGACGGCGCCAUGAUUCAGAUGGCCGGAGACGACGUUGACCUGCCGGAGGAACUGGCCAAAAUGGUGGACGAAGAUGAGGAAGAGGAGGAGACCAACGAUUCAUUCCUCCACAAGCUUCAAAACAUGGACCUGGACGAACUGAAAACCAAGGCCCAGAGCAGAGUGAGCGAGCUCAGGCAGACUGCGGAGGAGAAAUGUGUCCUCAUGUGAACGCCCGCAGUACAGGCGCCACGCCCAGACGAGCUUCAUUAUUUAAAUUUACCAUCUUUUUUUUAUUUACUUGUUUUACAGAACAGCCUCAGCUCUGGACAGCUUCCUCACAGAAAGGUUUCUUGUUUUCAAUGUGAGGCUUUAUUCCAGUGUCUCCGUUUCUUUCACUGGGAAACAUUUAAAUGCUUCUUAAACGGAUAUAAAAAGACAUUAGAGAAGUUUUAUGCUCACCAGGUUUGUCAAUGUCAAUGUCAAAGUUUUUUACAUAACUCUUUAAAAACAGGUUUAAA